AUGUUAAACAAUAAGUUUAUAAAUAAGUUUGCAACUAAGAACCUGGGACUCUUACUCCUCGGGACGUUCAUAUCAAACAACUUCAUUACACUCAGAGUGAUUGAGGAGGAUAACAUGAAUCCGGUUCUCAGCCACGGUCCCAUUUACAACGACAUCGUGGUCGUGUUGAGGGCGAGCAAAUACCACAAAAACGACAUCAUCAUGUACAAAAACCCCAAUACAGGCAAGGAAUCCUUUGGAAGGCUGACUUCCUUCAACACAGACGAGACGUUGGGGGCGAUGUCGAGCAAGAUCCCGUCAGGCCACUGCUGGUACGUUGCACCUUUUCAGUUCACAAGGCUUAUUUUUUAG